AUGUCAAACACACCUCCAGUCGCACCAGAGUACAUAUCCUCGCCUCCAGCCAACCCACCGUCUCUGCUAUCGCAAAGCCUCGCGCCCCAAUCCACAUCACCGAAUCGCGAAGUACAAUCUACACCGAACCGUGAACUCCCAUGUACACCGCCAGGCCGAGAAAUACCAUGUACAUCGCCGCCCGGCGCACCGACAGCGCCCGUACGCCAACGCGUGGAAAUGAUAUUCCCGUUUCCAAAUCAAGACGCGCCUCCAACGGUCGAGCAGCCCCCCUCACAUGCAUCGUCAGAUCCAAUCCGGAUGCCGCGCCGCCUGCGGUCGUCGACGACGCCGCGAGUUCCGCCUCUGCACUACCAGCCCCUCCGGUCUUAUCUGCCGGCGUCGUGGCGGCCGCUGCCUGCUCGCGUCCAUCAUCGAGACGACACGGUGGUGCAUUACUGUGCGCUGGGGAGUAAUGGGUGGGAGGCUAUGCAGCAGGAGCGGGUGCGGAGGAGCCAGGAGGAUAUCGGAAAGAUUGAUGUGGCGUGGGCGGCGAGUGGGGGUGGGGUGAUUUUGAAUUUCAAGAGGGAUAGAAAGGGGAAGGGGAGGGAGGGCCAGGGCCAGGGGGCUGAGACGGUAAGUGUGGAAGAUGAGGGAGAGGGUGAGCAGGGAAGUGAGGGUGAUGGUGGGUUGGAGGAAGAAAGGGGGGAGGAGGCGGAUGAUGAGCGGGAAGAUUGA